GCCCAACAGCAAGCCCAACAGCAAGCCCAACAGCAAGCCCAACAGAAGCCAGGAGUGUCACAAUUGGUCUUGCAACAAAUACCAAAUGCUUCGCAAGUUCUGCAGCAGGCUCAACAGCAAGUGGCGCAACAACAUGCUCUUCAACAAGCUCAACAGCAAGCUCAGCAGCAGGCUCAGCAGCAAGCUCAACAGCAAGCUCAACAGCAAGCUCAACAGCAGGCUCAACAGCAAGCUGUACAACAAUUGCAAGCACAGACUUUACAGCAGCAAAUUCAACAGCAAGAACAACAACAGCUUGUACAGUCGCAAUUAACGCAAGCUCAACAGCAGCAACAUGCAGUCAAGCAAGCACUGCAGCAAGCACAACAACAAGUUGCAUUGCAGCAGGCUCAGCAGCAAGCUUUGCAACAGGCUCAGCAAGCCCUUCAAGCCCAGCAAGCGCAUCAACAGGAAGGGGUUGCGCAACACCUUCCUCAAAGUCAACAAGCAGCUCAGCAGCAUCAAGUACAGUUGCAGAUUCAAACCCAACCGCAAUCCCAACAGGGACAACAAAGUCAACAACAAGCUGCUGUGGUGGUGAAGCCGCCUACUGGGUUGCCAACUGCAUUGCCAGCUACGCUACCUGCACACCAUAUCCUGGUGUCAAGCGGUGGGCAGCUGCUGGUGGCAUCCUCAGCUAAACCAGCCAUGCCGCCGCUCCCCGUGUCUCCCCUCGUCACUAGUGUCACAGCAGCCAUGACGCAGGUGAUUCCUGCUGUUGGCAUGAUGCAGCAAGCUCAGCCCAUGCAGUUGAGUCCUAUGGUUAUCAAUGCACUGAAUGCACUGCAAGGCAAUCUAGUACUUCCUGGUAUGGGAGGUGUUAUUGGAGUUGAUGGGCUGACCCAAAAUAUGCAGAUUCCACAGUUGACACUCUCCAAUUUAAUCCAGGGUGAUUCAAGAAACUUUUUGACUCAGCAUCAGGCUGCAGCUUUGCUGUCUCCCCCUGAAUCUGCUUUAAAGAAAAAGAACAAUAAUAAGAAAAGGAAGACACCUGCUCCUCAAACAGUUUCUGUUCAAAUUUCCACUCAGCAUCAAUCUCAUCAGCCUCAAAAUAUUGCUCCCGCUUUCAGUUCACCAUCUUCCGUCAAUGCUCAUUUUGGUGGAGCACCUGUUCUUACACUUGUACCAGGGAAAAACCCAUGUGCUCCUCCUCAGAUUGUUGUAAAUCAUGCUCCUGCAACCCAUAAUCCAAGCACUCAACCACCUCAGCAAUCCCCCUCACAACAAACGUCUCAGCAGCAGCCAACAUCAGCCACAUUAACCAGUGCACAGCCGCUUUCAUCGCCAGGCCACAUCAACUUACUUCAACCUAUGAGUGUUGUCACUGGACCAUUGCAACAAUUUAUUGUUCCUGGAUUAGUUAUGGCAACGGACGGCUCAGGAAAUGCAACUCUUAUUCAGGAUCCAGUGGGGAGUAUUGCUAAUAUUCAGAACAUUCCUAAUGUUCAAACCAUCUCUAACUUGCAGAAUAUGGGGCUUCAAUUACAGCUACAAAAUGUAAAUGGACAGAAUGUUUUAACUCCUGUCCAAACUCCCGUCCAAGUUCAAGGUACAUCAGGAUUAGUUUUUCAGCGUAAUCCUGCUGGUGGAGCACCCAAACUGACUACAGCACAGUUCAUUACCUCACCUACAAGCCCUGCACAAUUUAUUAUUCCUACCUCAAGCACGGGGGGCACACAGUUUAUCAUUCCUACAUCUUCAUCACAAGGCACACAAUUGCUAGCUACUAGUUCCCCCGGUGGUGGCACUCAGUUCUUAACAACUGCUGCGGCAUUCGGAGGUCAACUUAGUGGUCAACUUAGUCCUCUCCUCGCAAGUCUUAGUCCUAAUGGCCAGCUUCAAGGACAACACAUUACUUUAAGUACAGCCAAUGGACAAACCAUCCAAAUGGCAGCUAGCCAGCUUGGUUCUCAGACACUUGUAGUCCCCUGCACUCCUUCAAAUCAAAGGCAACAGACUCAACCCAAACAAGAGAUUCAAAUUGCUGUCAGUCUGGCCCAAUUGCAGCAUCACGCUGAUCAGCAGAAACACAACCAAGCACAGCUGCAAGCACUUCAGCAGCAUCCAAACAGCAAUAUCACCAACAAUAUGCGCAAGGGUUUGCCUAUAAGUGUUGGUAGCAGUGGAAGCACCAACAACAGCUUAGGCAGCAAGGUGGGAGUUGUAAGCACAUUGUCUAUCAAGCAACCAUUGUCAGUGCAACAAGCACUGCAACGGCAAAUUGUAUCUACCGCCACCACAACCACGUCCAUCACUACCACGUCUAUCUCUUCCUCUUCCUCCUCCACCGCUAUCAUCACCACCAAUAACCUGUCUGGGGGUUCAAGCUGUCGGGAGGUUGUUGCCUCACCAACAACAUCUAUCACUUCUGCCGGAACAGCUAGUUCUGCCUCUGCAAGUCCUCCAGACACAACUACUUUGAGUCCAGUAGCAGGUGGUGGUACUACACCUCAGCACAGCCCAACUGCUGAUACCACCACAUCUUCUGUUGAUGAUGUCAAUUUUGGCUCGUCUCAGUCAUCGGCAGCAUCCCCUGCAACUUCUCCUGCUAGUUCUCAUCGUCAGCAACAGACCUCAGCCCCUUCAUCCCUGGCUAUGGUGCAUUGUGUAUCAAGCAGUAAUGCAGAACCAGAACCCAAUGAUAUGGAUUGGAACUCCUCUGAGAAAGAAAAGCCCCACAGUAGUAGUGGCUCUCCUCCCUCUGGACCUGAUAGUUAUUCUUGUGAUUCCAAAUUAAUCAGCAGUGAUGCUUUUGUUGAAUCGUCCAGCACAGUGCUCACUUCAAAUCAAAACCAACCCCAUCUACAAGUUCAACACCAGCAAGUCAUGUUCACGUACGGAGAUAUUGGACUUAACCGAAAUUCCCUUAAAAGAAAGCAUUCCGUUGGGGAUGAUUCAUAUGGGACAGGUGGUCAUUUUAAAACCCAUGCUCAAUUGAAUCAUCACAAUCAGCAGCUCAGGAAAUCAGAUGAUCUCGGCAAUGCUGAGAGCAGUGUGGGGGAAGAUGAUCCCGCUCCGUCCCCGCCCCUGGCUCUGGCUGAAGGUGAUCUCGUGUGGGGCCCCGCAAGGGGCUUCCCCGCGUGGCCAGGCCAGGUGGUCGCAAACCCUUCGGGCCCUCCCCCUUCAGCCUCGGCCUCGUCGGCCUCGAAAACGGCCACGCCCUCGACUCAUGUUUGGGUCCGCUGGUUCAGUGGCAAUGGUUGCGGUGGUGGUGGUGGUGACCGCUCCAUCUCGCUCGUUUCCAGAGAAAGCCUCAAGUCGCUGUCGGAGGGUUUGGAGGCCCACCACCGAGCCAUCAAGAAAUUUCGGAAAGGUCGGAAAAUGAAUACACAAUUGGAGAAUGCCAUUCAAGAAGCCAUGACCGAGCUGGACAAAGUUUCAGACUUGCGGAAACCUAAAAUUCAGAUGAAAUCUGAAGAAUCAAAUCUAAUCUGUGGUGUUUUGAAGGAUGAGUCCAUUGAUUCACCCAAACCUCACCCAAGAACGAAAACCCAUUUAUCCUCCUCCAAAAGAAAUCCAGACUCUCCAAGCCAGAAUACCACAAGACCUGUUGGAGGUUUAACUACAGAGUCAUCUGUUUCUGAUUCUCCAGCUCAUUCCACUAGGCUGCGUAAAAGUCAGCGUUAAACAUCAUUACUUUGUUAAAUAUUUACCCUUCCUGACAUAUAUGAAAAAGAAAAAAAUUGUUUCUCGAUUUGUAUAUUCCAGAUAAAAUCACUGGGAAUAUUAUCAUUAAGAAGAUGUUAGUUGUGUUGAUGAACCUUUGUACCUGACGGAGGAGCAUAAUAUUUUUAAUGUUCACAUUUCAUGUGACGCCCUUACCAAGCUGUUCAGUCAACUCUGUCUGUUGUCAGUAAUCAAUAUUGAGGUAUUUUAUAUGGGCCCAUACUUUAAUAAUGACUUAUUAUAGCUUUUAUUCAUCUCCCUGUUACAACCUACAUCCAUACCAACACAAGAUAUACUAUGGUUAUGUAUUUGCAUUUUUAAUUCUGAGCACCUCAAGUGAGGAAUUCUGCCUGAGCUGUGAUGUUCCUCUUUAUAGUCUAGUCAUAUCAGAUGUGUGUCAUAUUGUGAGUGUUUGUAUAUGUCCGUUUUUUUCCAUUUUUGUUUCUGUAAUACUUUUUUUUGUGUGUUCUAUCAAAUUUAGAUUUUUGUUGGACUGCCUGCUUGGCUAUUAAGUAUUUGACUCUCUACUUGGUAGUAUCAAAUGUAAUUUCACUCCUUUCUGACUAACUAAAAUCAUACAAAUUAUUUGACAUAGAUGGUCACUUCUUUACAAGCAGCUGUCAUCAAGUAAUACUUGACAAUGCAAUAUGUAGUUCCUAAUCAAGCCUCUGAGUAGUAGAAACGGCUUUUUUAAAUAGUAAGUAUAGCAUUAUGUGAUAAAUGUUGUAGAAGUACUACAUGUGUUUUUUAUCUGUACCAUGUAUGCAUGAGUAUAUGUAGGUAUAUGACUGCUAGUGAGCACAAAAUGUAUAUGUGUGUGAAUUUGUAUAAAUUUAUGUAUUCUGUAAAUAUUACAUAUUUAUAUAGCUUGACUUAAUUUGUUCUUCUGUACAUAAAUUCUUUAGGAGUCAAUUUAUACGUACAACUUUAUAAUUGUUAUUUUCUUGGUAAUGACAUCAGAAAAUUGUUAAGUAUUAAAAUUUUUUGGAUUUGUGGAUGACGUAUGUUUUUUGAAGUAACUAGUUGAUAUAAUCUUUGUUUAAAAUUCACUUUCAAUGUUUCCCCCAUUGCUAUGAAAUAUGGUGUAACUGGUGAUUCAAAUGAGAAGUUGUUUUCAUUUGUUGGAUGAUUCCAUCCAUCGUAAGAUGCAUAAUUCUUAAAGUGAUCUGUUUUCAAGUUGCUAAUAUAGAAUGACAAGAAAUUGUGAUUUUAUUUUAUAGGAAAAAGAAGUUAUGUUUCUUAUACGUGAUUUUUUUCUCAGACGCCAUUUGUUGUGUACCAAUUAGGUCCUACAGAGUAGUGUGACUUGCCAUAUUGUAAACUCAGUAAACUUCUUCCUACUGCUCUGUCAGUUCUUUAAAGACAAGGCCAAAAUUUUGGUCUUCAGACAAAUUGUUUAUUUCCUAGUUUCUUCAAUUUUUUGUCUUUUCCUCCUUUUUCAAUUGUGUAGGCUUGUUAACACAUUUCCGCAAAUUUUGGUAUACCCCCUUUUUUUUUUGUAAUGAAUGAACUUUAAGGCUUAUGUGAUGUAUGUGAUAGUUGGAGGCGUGUUCAACCAAAGCUGACGAAGGAGCAAAUAUUCAGUAGUUUUCUGCUAUGGACCUGAUUGAUUUGGACUUAGUGGUAGAUUUUUGUAUUUUGGCUCUAUUAGAUUCAAACAAAUCUCACUUACACUGCCUUGUUUUCAAAAAAUAAAAUAAAAAAUACUCAAACAAUUCAUUUGUUACAAAAACUAUCUUAAUGUGAUUUCAUGCUGCACUCUUGUAUACAGGGUUAAGUACAUAUGUACUUUUGAACCUACUAUGCCUACCUCUUUAAUGGUUGGUGGUCCAGCAGUAUUGUACUACUUUUGUCAUCAUCACACCAUAAAAGGGUGUUUUAGUUUGUUAACCAAUUAUCUGUUUGUGCUUCCCUUUGUUAUUGUUGCUUCUUGUUCUACUGUUUCAAUGUUUAUAAACGUUUUAAAGACCCU